UUUAUAGUAAAUUGUAAUUCAGUGAAAAUAUUUUGUCAACAAUAAUAAAUUAUUAUAGCCUCGAUAAUUUCUGAGAAAAAAUCAAGCUGUUCUUAGCAAAUGAUAAGUACGAUAAUUCUGGGACACCCUUUACAUGCAGAUAGUAAUAUCGUGAUUAAUAAAUAAUCCUAAAGCAAUGUUAACAACUACCUCUCUCUCUCUCUCUCAAUUUUAAGUUCAAAACUAAUUCAAACAUGAGUAUGGCAAAGCUAUUCAAAUAUCUUCCGCAGUUUUCGAAGUAAUUUGCAAACCGCGUAGAAAGAGAGAAGGUUGAAAGGGCAAGAAGUGAACUAAAGGUGAAUUCGCUAUUUUGUUCACGUAUAAGAAACUUUAUUCAGAUCCAGAGUCGUGUUGCGAUUUCUCACCAUAAAUCGCGCGCCAGGGAAACAGAAAAAAAAAAUAAAGUAGGAGAAGAAACCGAAAGGAAACGCACCGAAAAAUCUAACAACUUCCAAGGCUCGAAACGAGAGGAAGCAAUCGGUUGUCGAGAAGAGAUAAGGAAAAGUUUGCGAUAAUGAAGAAAAUUCGGUGGUGGAGGAGCGAAGGGAUGGAAAGAAAAGCGGAAACGAGAGGUGGUGGAGGCAGGAAGCGAAAUAUCGGAUGGCGCGCGAAUUUUAACGCGCGUCGCUCGCCUCGCGCUCAUCUCUCUCUCAUCACGCAGCCUCCGCGGCUUCCCUGUUCAGUGUGAUCCGCGCGGUCCGAGCGCGAGUACGCGUGUGCAUAUUCCGGCCUGUUGUUUCGUCGCCGCAUCGCGAGACUAUUUUAGUCGUCAACAAACUUGUAACAUCUAAUAAAUUAUAACUCGCCAAAAUCUCGAGAAGGGUAACAGAAGGCGGGAGAGAAAGGGAAUGGCGAUUCGUCAACAAACGAAUAAACAUUUACUUUUGCUCUUUUGCCAUCUGCCAGAACGCUGUGUUUCGAAAAAAUCGAACGGGGAAAAAAAGACUAUAUCUCGAUACGAAGAUAUGAUAUGAAGCGCGAGUGAAAAUUUCGCGAAGAAAGUGAUAUGUGUCGCGAGGGUUGUCGGGGAUCGCCGGAAAAUGAACAAACCACAGCGACGGCGAAACGAGAGCAUCGAUGGCGUCGAAACGCGAGCGACAGAAAUUGGAAAAAUUGUCCUUAGAGAUACCUUGAACCGGCGUAUGAGGACCUCGUUCCAGUUUGUUUCGCGUUGCAACGACCGUGACUGGAGGUACUAAAUCCAAGGACUCCUUCGAGGCUCGUCAUGCUGGUCCCGGAGGCCAAUUUUACAUCCUGGGCCGGCAACUGGACGACGAUCCUGCACCAGGUUACCUGCAACGACUUCGCUGGCUGCGCUAACGAAUGCGACACAGCUUCCGGCGGAUUCGAUCAUCUCUGCACGGCAAUCGGGAAAGGGACUCUUGCCUCAACCCCUUCGAUGACCCUUUUUUGCACACCCUGCGAUUAUGCGAGUUGCAACGUCAACGUGUCCUUGUUGCUCGACAGCCUCGAGAGCAUCGAGGGCGUCUUUCUGUCCAGGAUACCGAUGAGAAAUUGUAACGCCACGUCCUUCGACGAGGAAAUUUUCGAGUGUUCGUCGGUGAGCAACAUCGCCGAGGAUCUAGCUAUAUCCUGCAUGUAUCGAUCCAGAAUCGGCAGCAUCGCAGAAACGAAGAUUCGUCGUUUCGACUGGAGCUUCCUCUUCGUGGCAGUCUUUAUAGUCGCCGGCGGAUUGGGCAACAUAUUGGUUUGUCUCGCCGUGGGAUUAGACAGAAGACUCCACAAUGUGACGAACUAUUUCCUGUUGUCCCUGGCGGUGGCCGAUCUCCUCGUCAGUCUCUUCGUCAUGCCUCUAGGUGCCAUACCAGGCUUUCUAGGAUACUGGCCGUUCGGCGUGGUGUGGUGCAACGUAUACGUGACAUGCGACGUGCUCGCGUGUUCGGCGAGCAUAAUGCACAUGUGCUUCAUCUCCCUGGGCCGUUACCUGGGCAUUCGUAAUCCGCUCAGGACACGUCACACGUCCACGAAACGGGUGGUGGGCUUCAAGAUCGCCGCUGUCUGGUUGCUGGCCAUGCUGGUCUCCAGCUCCAUCACGGUCUUAGGCAUCAUCAACCCCUCGAACAUCAUGCCGCGUCCAAGGAUGUGUGUCAUCAACAACCGGGCGUUCUUCGUGUUUGGUUCCCUGGUCGCCUUCUAUAUCCCCAUGAUCGUGAUGGUGGCGACUUACGUGUUGACGGUCCAGCUGUUGCGCAAAAAGGCGCGAUUCGCCGCCGAACAUCCGGAAGGCGAUCAGUUUCGCCGAUUGGGCGGCAGAUAUGCGUCGACAAAGACGUCAUCGUCGACAGCGUCGUCUUCCUCCGCAGUAAUCACCACGUCCGCCAUGAGAUCGUCCUCCUCUUCGGCGAGACUCGGCCGCACUUCCGGUUACAGCGCUGAAAAGGAAAGCGACAAAUGCGGAGGUGUGAGAAGGGUCCUGCCGCAUCUAAAGUUAGCGGUGAACGGCGCCGGAAGUCCUGCCUCAGGACCAGGACUCAAGUCGAAAGUGGAUCAGGCGACCCAGACGCCGGAGAACAUCGCUCGCGAAACACGAAACUUCACCCUCAGAGCCCUGAAGCUGCAGUUAAACGUCACCCCUAACACCCUGAACCUCAGAUUCCUCGCAGGACGAACGAAAAAGAGAUCUCUGGCCGCGAACGCGGUCGCGACGGAGCAGAAAGCCAGCAAGGUUCUGGGUCUGGUGUUCUUCACCUUCGUGUUGUGCUGGGCGCCGUUCUUCCUGCUUAACAUCUUCUUCGCCGCCUGUCCUACGUGUCCUGUUCCCGGUCACGUGGUGGACACGUUCCUCUGGCUGGGCUACGUGUCCUCGACAAUCAACCCCAUUAUUUAUACCAUUUUCAAUAGGACCUUUCGCGCCGCUUUCAUUCGCUUGUUGAAGUGCAAAUGCUCGAGGUCUGCGAGGCCUUCGAGAUAUCGUUUCGUCACGGAGAGCGGAAGAGGAGCAGUGGGUCUGUGCACGUCGGGCGCUCUUCCGCUGGCCAUCAGCCUUCAGGGUACACCUUUAUUAAGCCCGACGCCAAAUCCGACACCAACACCGGCGUCAGAAAGCUCAUUCGCGACGAUGAUGCAUCGUACACCGAGUUCGCUCUAUCGAGAUACCUUCCUGGUUCACGAACCCGAUCAGGGCGAUCAUUAACUCAGCCAUUAAUUAAUUAACCCUUCUGUCAAUGCGUAAUUUGUCACCUUUUCGUCAAUAUAUGGGUACCAAGCAAGUAUUUUCGACACAUUACGAAAUCUUUUUUUUUUUUGUAACAACUGCUGGGCGUCAAAUAUUUAUUUUUCCCGAUAUAUUUUAAUUGGGAGAUUUCCAAAUACGAAGAUCCUUUGUAUUUUGUGCCUAUCAGAGAAAAAUUCCGGCACAUAUUUAACGUUUAAAGUUGCUUUGAGUACCCGGAUACCCGUUUAUUGACAGGAAGAUUAAUUAAUUAAUUUUGCAAUGGGAGAUUAUACUGCAUAGCAUGAUUUUUCCAGCGAGAAGAGACGGUUUCGAUUGAAAAAGAAUCAAUGAACAAAUACAUUUUUUAUCUUAUAAGUAAAUAACAUAAAAUUGUUCCUCGAAG